UCGGGCAGAUUCCAAUGCUCGAUGGGUUUGAGAAUUCAUAUGGAGGAUUCACUGUGGAGGUGAAGGAGCGUAUGGAUGCUGAUGUGUUUGCCCCCUUGUUCCGAGCUUCAACAUCAAGCUGGAAACUACAGGGGAAGAAGGGUGUCUGGCUCAAAUUGCCCCGGGAAUAUUCACAUCUUGCUGACAUUAUAGUGAAGGAAGGAUUCAAGUACCAUCAUGCUGAACCAAGUCACUUUAUUCUUGUCUGCUGGCUUCCCUUGACCCCUGAUACCGUUGCUGUGAAUGCUUCACGUAGGAUCGGCGUCGGUGCUUUCGUCUUGAAUAAUAAAAGAGAGGUGCUUGUAGUCCAAGAGCGUAAUGGAAUGUUCCAAGAUACGGGUGUGUGGAAACUCCCCACUGGAGUUCUGAAUGAGGGUGACAGUAUAUGUCAUGCAGUUGUCAAGGAAGUUAAGGAAGAGAUGGGAGUAGACACUAAAUUCGUGGAAGUCCUCUGUUUCAGACAAAGCCAUAAAUCAUUCUUCACCAAAUCAGAUCUGUUCUUCCUGUGUGUGCUUCAGGCAGAAUCUGCUACAACUGAGGAACAGGAUGUAGAGAUCAAGGCAGCAAAGUGGAUGCCAAUUGAGGAGUACGCAGCACAACCUUUUGUCGUUGAAAACAAGCAAUUCAAUUUCAUGGCGAAUAUAUGCUUGGCAAAGGCUGAUAAUUGCUACCCGGGUUCUGCUGUUUUGGCCACAACUGCUGGGGUGGCAGAAGGACUUCCAUCUACUGCAAUAACCCCGAAAUUGAGGAUAACUUGGCAAGUUGUGUGUAAUUCCUGGAUUGUGAUGCGGAAUUUCUUCCUUGGACCCAGGCCUACUGGGCCGUGUUGAUCCCAACUGCUGAUCAUGUGGGCCUCUAUGUAGGUCCCACAAAUUCAGAGGUUAGGGGCUCACUGUUUUUCUCAUCUUCAAUUCGUAGACUAAAAUCUUGUGUUUUGCCUGUGUUGCCAAUGUCUGGCCUUUUUCAGCCCUUGGAAUAAUGUAAAAUGAUGGUUGGUCUAUAGCUCGCCAUCAGAUAUUUGACUCUGGUAAGAAUGUUCUCUUGAUAGUUCGGCACUAAGAAAUGUGACUCUGCUUUUGA